AAUAAUAACGGUCGUUUGACACUGGUCCGGGUGUCAUUCGUCGCGAAGACAUCACCGAGAAGCAAGUGGGUACCGAGUACCGAUAUGAAUCUAACCGGAGGUUACAUUCUCUUUUUAAUACUGUGUAUUUUGACGAGCGAUUAUGGGGUCAGUUCUGACCAAAACGCUCGUUUAUCAAGAAGGAAACGAUACGUGGUUUUUCCCGAAGGUUCCACCUUCUCGAUCGCCCUUUGCGUGACGUUUAACACCCUAUCGGACGAUGACAUCUUCUCCGAGGGUGUGAACUGGGGUAUCGCGUACGAUUUACCGAACGAAAGUAAGCCGGCCCUCGAGCCGUUUUUACAGCUCAGACAAGACCAAAUUAAACCGGCUAACAAAUACGGCUACGCGAACGGUCCGCUAAACAAAAACGUCGUAAAAUAUCCGCAAUGGAACAGCAACGAGAAAUAUUACGUGAAACCCGGGAAAAGGAAGUACUACAAGUCGGAUUACUAUUAUCUGCAGAGAAGACACCGGAGGGAUCUGUAUAGCAAGCUGGAAGUCAUCAUGAACGCGAUGAAUUUCGACGGCAGAACUUGCAUACUUCGAGCACUCUGCGAGGCCUCCCAGCGGCUGAUGCCGAAGGGGAACACUCUCAUCGAGGAGAUGAUGAGGAUAUCGUUUUCGUUUCCUCUGAAGAAGCUGUUCUCCGGCGAGCCCAAGGAGCAUCACGUGUACAGCAGGGCGCACAAGGCGGGCCACGAAGGUCACGACUGCGCCAGCACCUUCUCCAGCUGCAGUUUCUCUCUGAUAGACAUGGCACUCGGAAAAUACGACGCGUCUAGGUCACCACCACCUCCGCUUCCGGUCGACUACGCAGAUGCAACUCGGUUUUCCAACGAAAGGAUCAGGUACAACAUGAAAUAAGACGUCGACAUCCGGAAGAACUAGGGACACGUAUUUCGGAGGAAUCCUGUCCGACAGUCGGUUCGAUUUAUCGAUGAUAAACUUCCUGCUAUCGGUAGUUUAGUUGCAGAAAUUACAGAAAGCACAGUUUCUCGAAGAGCAGCAAGAUUUAGGGACAAACGUCCAUGAUAGGCUAGGAGGAGUCUGAUGAAGAGAACCAAUGGACAUCCAUGAUGACAAUGAUGAAGAAUAAUUAAAGCUGGGAUAGUUGGAGGAUCAUUCAGGAUGAUGCAUCGAGUAGGACAUUCAGAAACUAUAAUUGCAAUAAAAAUGAAGGACCAGAAAGAGGUAUGAGAGGAGAAAGGUAAUACAGUCCAGGUGUCUGUGGAGUUUUAUCUCUAGGUCUAUCAAUUUGAGAAGUCAUUCUGAACUGGACAUCCAAAGACUAUAAUAGAGAGGGGAAAGGUGGUACAGCGAAUGGGGACUCAUCCCUCAAGGCAUCAAAAACAAAGAUGAAGAGAGACACUGAAAAACUGGGUCACAGCAUCAUAAUAUCUAAUUAUGCUAAUGUCAGUUGCGUUUUAAUAAUGAUCAUUUUCAAGUGACAUUCAAUUCAGGGGAAAAGAGAAGAAGUGAAAAGGGGUAGAAGAAAGGUGGUACGGUUUAAAAAACGAGGGGAGCUGAUACGAGUUACUCGAGGCACUCUUAAAAACGACGAUAAUCCAUAAGAUAGCAGCGUGCAGUGCUACAUUUUCGGUAAUUGGAUGUGCUUACCCAUCGAAGCGGAUGGGAGGGGUUGAACAUGAAAUAAACGUGUGUCGGUAGGUGAAGGGCGGAUAAGGGGAUCCGGCGUGGCAUCCGCCAGUUCACCGGCUCGGCGAUAAUAACGAUUCUUUGUAAUAUUGUUGCACCAGACGCCAGUAUAUUCGACGUAAUAGGAUUAGGUCGCGCGUCGGAGCGAACAUUAUCCGAAAUCGGGAAAACUGUUUCGAACACUCGGCUGCAGACGUUCGUGUGAAUAAGUCGGCUUUACUCGCGUCGCGUGGUUUCUCCAUUUGCAUGAUCGCCGACCUUCUGCUGUAUUAUGCAUCACCGCUCGAUCCGGUGUUGGUAAGCAAAAAUCCUACGUACCAUUUAGUGAAAUUAAUUAUAAAAUAAGAUAAAGAAAAUUUGCAAUAUUAGAAAUAGAACUCGCGAGUAUCUAAAGUCAGUAGAAUAGCCUUGAAUUUGGUCAGACAUAUUGCGUUCGAAGUUCGCAAAGUAAGCAUCCGAUGUCUAUAGACGGGAAACGAGGCGGAACGAGACUCCUCCGCAGUCUGACAAGUUACACCAGAGUCCAUAUGUAAUAAGCGAAAUAGAAUGACUCUGUAUACACUCCGAGUUGUGUGUACUUUACGUAAUAGCGCGCUUGUAAAUAGCCGCGCGAGUACGGUCGA